AUGCGAAAAUCAGUGCAUAGAGAGCAUAUAGCAAUGUUUGUUAACAAUAGGUCAGGACUUGUGCGCACUCGACGGGAAACUGAGAGAGUGGGCGAGUGUUUCUCAUCCGUGCACGCAUGGGGAGGAGGUAGUGCACAAAGCGGGGGCGAGCUGCCACCCCAUCGCACCCCCCCCCGCGCGCUGGCCCCCCUCCCACCACCCCCCGGCCCGCACACGCCCGCGCAGCACCCCCGCCCGGCCCCGCGUCUGCUUUCUAAACCUCCACGCAAAUAG